AUGAAUGAUAUAAAGAAAAAUAAAUUACUUAAUUAUAAAAAAAAAUGUAGGUGUAAAUAUUUAAUAGCUAGUUGCUUUUUUUGUUUGAUAAUAAGAAUUUUAAUUUUUUUACUUUUAAAUGUACUAGAAGGAAGUAAUUAUGAAUAUAUUAAUAAGUUAAUAAAUAUUGAUGAAACUAUGAAUGAAGCGAAAAAUGAACUAAACAAUGUUACCAAAUUUAAAUAUAAUAAAAAUGAGAAAUUAAAAGAGCUUGAGCAGUAUUUUCAAACAAAUAAAAGAAAUAAUCAGUUAAAACAAUUUUUAUUCAAAAAUGAUUCUAUGCAUUAUUCUUUUAAUUCAGAUAUAUAUAAUUUUAAAUAUAUAUACGAAAGCUAUGUGUUAAGCAAAUUGUAUAAAGAUAUUUAUUAUUCUUUAACAGUAAGAAUUAAUCCUUUAUUUUUGAAAUUUAUACAUUUUAUUAUUUUUAAAAAAUUGAGGUUUAAUAAUAGUACAUUAUCAAAUAUCACAAAUAAUUAUGAGUUUCGUUAUUAUAUAUUUAUUACUAUAAUAGACAUAUUAAUAGCCAUUUUUUUAUUUUUAAUUAUUGAAAAAUUAAUGACAUGGGAUACUUAUUUUAAUUAUGUGAAUCAAAAUAAAAAAGAAAGAUGGAAGUUAAUAAACUCAAUUUUAUUAAUCAAUAUAUAUUUAAAUAACCCUCUUACAAUUUUAUCAAAUAGUUUUUUAUCUCUUGAUAAUUUUAAGUUGUUAAUUGUGACCACAUCUUUUUAUCUAUCCCUUUUAAGAAUAAAUGAAUUUUCAAAGAAAUUUUUAUCUAUUCUUAAUUUAUUUAUGAUCAUAUUUUUUAAUGCAAUUCUUUUAUAUGUAUCAUCUUUUCAUUUUAUACUUAUUAUAAUAGGAAUUAACAAUUUUAUUAUUUGUAUUCAUGAAAAAAUAAAUAAACAUGAAAUUAAUGAAAAUGUAAAAUUUUAUAAUCUUUUUCGUAUUCUAUUAAAAAAUAUCUUUUUACUUCUUAGUACUCUUACAACUUAUUUUAUGUUAAUAUAUGUAUCUUCAUAUUUUAAUGAAAAUUCAAUGUUCUUUUUAAAUAAUACAUUGAUUAAUGAAUAUAAACUAUUGUUUUUACUGCCAAACUUGGGUAACUUUUGGUACAUUUUUUCCUUGAUGUUCAGGGAUUAUUAUUAUUCUUUCUUGUUCUUGUUUCAUUUUCAUGUGUUUUUAUAUCCUCUACCUCUUUUUUUUCGUCUAGUAAAAACUCCCCUUAUUUAUUUAACAACCAUGAUUACAAUUGCAUUGGUGUUUCAACCUAAUAUAACAAUUAAUGAUAUAGUAUAUUCUUUGUUGAUAUUAGCUAUUGAUUACGAAAAAACAUUAUAUACUAUUCCCUUCAUUAAACUAUUAAUAAUAUUAUUAGGAAAUUUAAGUUUAUUCUCCGUAACAAUAAAUUUGUGGCUGAGAAAAAAUACAGGAAAUGCCAACUAUGUUUAUUUUAAUCAAAUUGUGAUUUUUAACAUAAUCACUUAUAUUAUAUCAAAUAGCUUAAAAUUCUACAUUCGUGUGCAAACACCUACAGCUCAGUUGGAAGAAGGAAAAUGUAUAUUUGUAUCAAAAAAAAAAAAAAGACUUAAUAUUUUAAAAAUGUUAAAAAACAAAUUUUCAUAA